CCUUGGAGCUUCUGGCGAACAUUCAAGCUGAAGAAGCACCUGCAACCCGCACAGACAAGAGGCCAGUUGAGUGCCCUUUAUGCCCUCAGAGCUUCUUACAAAAGGUUAAUCAGAAGCAACACACACAUCUACACAGGCGAGAGACCAUUUCAGUGCCCUGCCUGCCCUGAGAGCUUCUCACGAAAGCGUUCUCUGAACCGACACCUGGACACCCACACAGGCGAGAGGCCAUUUCAAUGCCCUUUAUGCCCUCAGAGCUUCUCCGUUAAGUCAACCCUGAAGAAUCAUGUGCGCAUCCACACAGGCGAGAGGCCAUUUCAGUGCCCUGCAUGUCCUCAGAGCUUUUCGGAUGGGUCCACAUUGAAAAAUCACGUGCGCACCCACACAGGCGAGAGGCCAUUUCAAUGCCCUAAGAGCUUCUCACAAAAGGGCAAUCUGAACCAACAUCUGCGUGCCCACACAGGCGAGAGGCCAUUUCAGUGCCCUUCGUGCCCUCAGAGCUUCUCAGACAAGUCUGUACUUACGACGCAUGUGCACACCCACACAGGCGAGAGGCCAUUUCAAUGCCCGGUAUGCCCUCAGCGCUGCUCCCAAAAGAGUCAUCUGACCCAACACCUGCGCACCCACACAGGCGACAGGCCAUUUCAGUGCCCUGCAUGCCCUCAUACCUGCUCACGAAAGAGUCAUCUGAACAAACACCUGCGCACCCACACAGGCGAGAGGCCAUUUCAGUGCGCUUUGUGCCCUCAACGUUUCACCGACAAAUCUACACUGAAGAAUCAUGUGCGCACCCACACAGGCGAGAGGCCAUAUCAGUGCCCUUCAUGCCCUCAGAGCUUCUCACGAAAUUCUACACUGAAGGAUCACCUGCGCACCCACACAGGCGAGAGGCCAUUUCAGUGCCCUGCAUGCCCUCAUAGCUGCUCACGAAAGAGUCGUCUGAACGAACACCUGCGCACCCACACAGGCGCGAGGCCAUUUCAGUGUGCUUUGUGCCCUCAGAGUUUCUCAGACAGGUCUACAUUGAAGAGUCAUGUGUUCAUCCACACAGGCGAGAGGCCAUAUCAGUGCCCUUCAUGCCCUCGGAGCUUCUCACGCAAGUCCACACUGAAGAAUCACGAGCGCAUCCACACAUGCAAGAGGUGAUUUCAUUGUCCUGCAUGAUCUCAAAGCUUCUCCCCAAAGAGUACUUUGAAUCGACACCCACACCGGCAAUAAACCACUUCAUUGCCCUUCA